AUGAAAGUGUGUCGUUUUUGUGGCGUGAAACGCCAGGAAAGCGAUCUUCGUCGUACUAAAUCGAAGGAGACUCUUGCUAUAAUGUUGUGUGGAAUGCUAGAGAAAGGAAGAAUAGAGAUCCAGGGUUUGCAAAAGAUGUAUGAUGAAUGCAUACGCUUUCAAAAACGCAUAUGUAGAGAACAUUUCAGCGAAGCGGCAUCUUAUAUCAGCGAGGCAGUGACUGCCACAUAUGAUGUUGCUGUGCUCAACCUCUUCACUGUACCGGGUUAUGUUAUGGAAAAAAUUACUGAUCGUUUCGAAAAUUAUCGAUGUGCCAUUGGUGCUGACGAUGUGGUAUUGACAGCUUACAAGCUGGCUGCAUUUCAUCGACUAUUUAGGGACGAUGCGUUGAGCGUACCUGUAGGGUCUCGGAGAAGACUGGAUCAGUUUCUAGCUCGUUACCCCGACCAGGUUUGUUAU